AUGUCAUCAUCACCAAUCGUCCACGCCAUCAACUCCGCGGACAACGAACGCCUCCGCAAGACCCUGAUGGCCAUCAUCGCCGAUCCACGCGGCAAGGAACUCGUGGAAAGCGAGCUUCUGGUUCCGUCCAACAACACUGAAGAACGUCCGAAAAAGCGCAACAGAUAUGAGAUCUGUGCCCAGUGUGGCGAAGAAUUCGAAUACGCAAAGACCAAGGAGUAUGAAUGUGUCUGGCACAGCGGUAAAUGCGAGGUUGACUGGGACUCUGGCGAAUGGGACGAUACCAAUGAGGAUGUCUCUGGUCCGAUCGACACGGAAGAGAACCGAGAGGAAUAUCCUGACGGCUUUUAUUGGACUUGUUGUAAAGGAGCCGCGGAUGCUCAGGGCUGUGAGAAGGGAUUUCACAAGGAGUGCGUCAUAGCGAAAAGAGCGUGUGCCUGA